AUGUGCCCAUACUGGUUUUGUGUCUUAGGUCUACUGUUGUUCACAGGUACUGGAGCAUCCUGCAUCUAUCCAUUGCUGGGGGCUACGCUAAACGGCUGGUAUUUCCUCGCAACCGAAGUGGAUGACAUCUGCUUCAAUUAUGCAAAGAAAAACGUGGAGCAGAAUAACUUGGCUGAUCUGAUUAAAGUGGUUAAAGUCCCUCAGAAAACACUUCUAAUGGAUGCGUUAAAAGAAGAAUCUGGUAUAAUAUAUGAUUUUUGUAUGUGCAAUCCUCCGUUUUUUGCCAACCAGAUGGAAGCUCAGGGAGUGAACUCGCGAAACCCUCGCCGCCCCCCUCCAAGUUCUGUAAACACGGGUGGCAUUACUGAGAUUAUGGCAGAGGGGGGAGAGUUGGAGUUUGUAAAGAGAAUCAUCCAUGACAGCCUUCAGCUAAAGAGAAGGUUGAGAUGGUACAGCUGCAUGCUGGGUAAGAAGUGCAGUUUGGCGCCAUUGAAGGAAGAACUGCGAAUACAGGGGUACCCAAAGUUGCACAUACAGAAUUUUAUCAGGGAAAAAACCAUGCGUUGGGCACUGGCAUGGAGCUUCUAUGAUGAUGUGAUCAUCCCUAAUCCACCCUCCAAAAAAAGAAAAUUGGAGAAGCCGCGCAAGCCCAUGUUGUUUACUAUACUAGAGACCACUGUGCUAAUGCUGAAGGAGAAAUUGAAUGGCCCCCAGGACCCAACUCUCAGCUAUGUGGCUGUGGUCACAGGCUUUCUGAAAAAGAUUCUUACAGAUCUGAAGGUUGAGCAUAAACCUAUGCCUUGUGGGAAAGAAGAAGAGAGUUUAUUUCUUACAGCAGUUGAAAACUCCUGGAUCCAUAGCCGCAGAAAGAAAAGGAAGCAUAUGAGACAGCUUAGAGAGUUGCCUCGUGCUCCUGAGAAGGAUUUUAAGCACACGAAUUCCUCUGAAGAACUGAACCAGGCUACAGUAGAGGGGUCACAGCCAGUUCAGGGCAGUGGUUCUCCUUUUCUUUUCAAAUGCUUGCUGAAUGUGAAGAAAGAGGUUCCUAAUGUGGUGGUUGAAAUGUAUUGGGUAGAGGGACAAAACAAGGACUUAAUGAACCAGCUGUGCACGUACUUACGCAAUCAACUCUGUAGACUUGCAAGCAGCUAG